AGUAAGGCCGACCGACUCGCAGACCCGCCCCUUGGACUUCCACGCCAUAGCAGGGCGCUGUGAGAAAGGCUGGGAAGCGGCUGCCUCAGAAGAUCCCAUCCCAUCCCACCUAUUUCCCUGGGCGUGAUGCGCCCUCCCUCCCUUCCUCCGGUGACUUCUGCUUUCCAACACCGGUGGGGCUACUAACAAGUUGAAGGAGGGCGGCUAAGUGACGGGGCCGCGGCCACCUCCGAGCCCUUUCCCGGCGCCUGCCACAUGUAGCCGAGGGGCGCGUCCCGGCUGCAAAAGCGCCCGCUGCGAAAGCAGAGCAAAAGCCGCCUCGCCCCUGCCCGGUUCUCCGCUGCUGCCCUCCCGGCACACCGAUGUCCUCCGCUCCCGUGCGAUCGCCCACGCUUCGGCCCCACAGGAUGAAGAAGGACGAGUCGUUCCUGGGCAAGCUGGGCGGCACGCUAGCCAGGAAGAAGAAAGCCAAAGAGGUGACUGACCUGCAAGAAGAGGGUAAAAAUGCUAUCAAUGCACCGAUGUCCCCUGCCAUGACUGAUCUCCAUCCAGAAGACGCAUUACUAGAAGAAAAUGAAGAACGCACCAUGAUAGAUCCCAGCUCAAAGGAGGAUGCCAAGUUUAAAGAACUGAUCAAGGUUUUGAUUGACUGGGUAAAUGAUGUCCUGGUUGAAGAAAGAAUAAUUGUCAAACAGCUUGAGGAGGACGUCUAUGAUGGGCAGGUGCUGCAGAAGCUUUUGGAGAAACUAGCUGGCCACAAACUGAAUGUGGCCGAAGUGACGCAGUCAGAAAUUGGCCAGAAGCAAAAACUUCAGACUGUUCUGGAAGCUGUCCAUGAUUUACUCCGACCGCAUGGCUGGACUGUCAAGUGGAGCGUUGACUCAAUUCAUGGCAAAAACCUGGUGUCUAUUCUCCACUUGCUUGUAGCGUUGGCCAUGCACUUCCGGGCUCCCAUCCGACUUCCUGAACAUGUUUCUGUGCAAGUGGUGGUUGUAAGGAAACGGGAAGGCCUCCUUCAGACAACCCAUGUCACAGAGGAGCUCACCACCACCACAGAGAUGAUGAUGGGAAGAUUUGAGCGAGAUGCUUUUGAUACCCUCUUUGACCAUGCUCCGGAUAAACUAAGUGUAGUGAAAAAGUCCUUGAUCACUUUUGUAAACAAACAUCUAAAUAAGCUUAAUUUGGAAGUGACAGAAUUGGAAACCCAGUUUGCAGAUGGUGUUUACCUGGUAUUACUGAUGGGACUCCUUGAAGACUAUUUUGUUCCUCUUCACAAUUUCUAUUUAACACCUGAAAGUUUUGAUCAGAAGGUUCACAAUGUUUCUUUUGCUUUUGAACUGAUGCAGGAUGGAGGGUUGAAGAAGCCAAAGGCUCGACCAGAAGAUGUUGUCAACUUGGAUCUGAAAUCUACCCUAAGGGUUUUGUACAACCUGUUCACCAAAUACAAGAAUGUUGAGUGAUCUGGAUCUUCAGAACAGCCUUUUUUAGCGGGAGGGGAGGAAAUGUCUUCAUUUUCUUCCUCUUGUGUCAUAUAUUGUAUUCCCUGAUGCAUGGUGAUAUCUCUUCUUCGGUUAGCAUUUUUUCAGUGUUACUCUUUAUGCUUUGAAAUCACUCUGUGUUUUUUAAAAUGUAGUUUAAUUUCUUGAAAUAUUUCACAUUGUACUUGUUUGCUCUGCAAGAUACUGUCUCAUGUAUGCUACAUUCAACAAAAAUGUCUUGUUCCAUUAGUGGAAAAUGCAGUUAUGACUUAUUUCCAUUGAUGAGAAGAUCUGAAUAAUUUGCUCAUUUCUGAAUUCUUCAUAUCUCACUUCCAUCAUAAAUUCACGAGGUGGCUUUAGGCAAGCCAUUGUCAGCCUCAGUUUCCACAUCUGCAAUACAAAGAUUAUAACAAUACUGACCUCUUUUCAGGGCAGGGUCAUUGUAAGAUACCUAAGUCAUGAACUGCUUUGAAUACUCUAAAAGGGUAUACAGGCCCUUGGGUAAAAUGUAGACCUAUAACAUCUGGGUAUGGGUGUUGGCUGGAUGGAAUGUGGAGUUUAAUUUUAAAAAAAUGUGUGCAACUGUGAGAGUAGGAAGUAGUAGUGAUCCAUUUAGCAAGGGAGAAUUCAUUCCACCUGUGCAUAACACAAACAUGAGUCCAUCUAUUUUUCACCCACAUUUCAUUAUACAUCCCAGUUUAAGAAUAUGUAUCCCAUCCUUGUUAAUUAAGCCACACACAGUUUCAUUUAUGUAUAAGUUUUGUUUCACUGUAUUGGUUUGUGUUGAGACUGUGACCUCAGACUCUUCUGUUUAGCUUUUGAAGGCCUCGUCUGUCUUUUUGUGUCAUCUUUUUACCAUCCAGUAUUACUUCCACUGAAUACACUGUGAAUCUCAAGUGGAGCCGCUGCCUAAUUUGAAUAAAGUAGGAUUUCUUAA